AUGACCUCCGAAAUUACUUUCUGGGACGACAAACGUCACAUUGUGUUCGUGCUAGAGCUAAUAUUUUAUAGCGGCCUUCUGUUAACAGCCGUAGCAGCGCUGUCCAGAAGGCGCCACAUGGGUAAAAGUUUAACGCUAGGUGCGAUUGCAGUUCUGAAAAUCUCCGGCGUGGGCAUAAGCGUGCACGCAGCUACCCAGACUGUUGAUGCCGUAAAUAGCCAAGACGCCUCUAAAUUGCCAUCCACGGGUAUUGUCACGGCAGGCGCUAUUUUGGUUUCGCUGGCGUCGGCACCUUUAAUAAUGCUAACGAGGGCUUUUUGCCCGCCAGACGACCUGCCCGAUCAGCUCCAGAGAGGCGCGAGAACCAUAAUGCUGUUACCUGCAAUUCUCUCUAUUGUUGGCUAUAAUUUGUGGGCUAACCAGGAUCCCAGCACUGACACAGGGAUUGCCAUGGCCAAGGCUUCGUCCAUUUUGUAUCUGGCCGUGUACUUGCUGUUCGUGAUCUUUGGCCUUUAUAGGUACUCCCAAUUGCAUGGGCGUGCGACACGAGUCUUGACAACAGGAACCUGCACUGUGUUGCUGGCAAUGCCAUUUUUGAUCGUUCGGUUCGUCUUCAUCAUUAUUUCAUCCUUCGCUCUGGACUCCGAUAUGACUGCUUACCACAAGUUUAGUUUCUUCAAUGGCGACUGGAGAGCCUCGCUCAGCAUGUUUGUGGUCAUGGAAUUUAUGGUCGAGUUGAUUUACAGCGUUGGGCUCCAUUUAUUAAUCACUAGAGAAUGGCAACACGACCGUUUAACAGACGCCGAAUCCUUCAAAAGGGAGGAAAUCUAA